AUGUCGAACUCACAAGUUUCUCGUUUUUUAAAAAAUGCUUUUGGCCGUAAAGAACAAGCAUACGUUCCUAUACCGACUUCUGGGAUUAAUGAGCGUUCUUCACAGGAGACAAGCGAAGAGGAUACAAUACAACAAGUACCUCCCGAAGAUAAUUAUCGAGUUGUAUAUUUGAUAUUUUUAUUACAGGGUGUUGCAAUGCUUUUAGGAUGGAACGUAUUCAUUAAUGCCUCUGUAUUCUUUCAACAGAGUUUUCUUGGGUCAGGUUUUGCAGAUAAUUUUCAAAACUACUUUUCUAUCGUAUAUAUGAGUUCGAAUCUUUUUUUUCUCGGACUUGCUUUGCUUACUCAUAAGUCGGAAAAUAUUUCUUUUCGAAUUACCUUUGCAAUUUCGCUUAUGAUAUCCAUUUUCGUAUUAAUUGCAAUAUCAACUCAUUAUAUUGAGUUCUUUGGUCCCACAAUUUAUUUUUAUUUUGUUGUCACAUCGAUUGGUAUUAUGGGUGCAACGGCUGCAUUACAGCAAAAUGAAAUUUUCGCUCUUGUUUCACAAUUUUCACCUAUUUAUACGCAGUCAGUCAUGAGCGGUCAAGGUUUUGCCGGGUCAGCAAUCGCAGUUUCUCAAAUUCUUAGUGCUUUGAUGAUCCCACCAUCAUCAAAUCUAGACGAAAACGAUUUACGUCGCAGUGCACUUUUAUAUUUUAUUUGUGCUACCAUAAUUUCUCUCGUUACUUUAAUAUCUUACUUUAUCCUGAUUCGCUUACCUCUUUAUCUACAUUACAUACAAGUCAGAAUGAUACAGAAUGCAGAAAGUGUCGAAAAUACAUAUGAUCAGAAGUUACUUAAGGAAACAUUUAAUAAAAUCCGUAUUCUAGCAUUUACGGUGGGUUUCGUUUUCUUUGUGACCUUAUCACUUUUUCCGUCAAUCACUACAUCUAUCAAAUCAGUUGUCGAUGAAGAAAACAAGAGUAAAUUUCGUCAAGAUUAUUUAUUUAUACCUUUACAUUUCUUGAUAUUUAAUAUUGGAGAUUGGCUUGGUCGAAGUUUACCAUCUUUACAAUCAUUUGUCACAACAGAUUCUGUAAAACUUGCACUCAUGUCGAUUGCACGUAUUAUAUUUUUUCCAAUUUUCUUAAUGUGCAAUGUUGAUGUUGGUUCAUAUGGAACAAGAACCUGGCCAUUAAUGAUUAACAGCGAUUUAAUUUAUUUUUUAACCUUGUGGUUAUUUGCGGUAUCUAACGGUUACAUGGGUUCAUUAACGAUGAUGGCUGCGCCACAAGUUGAAGGCGUUAAUAAAGGUUUAGCGGGAACUAUUAUGUCUUUUUGCCUAGUACUUGGAUUAGCCAUUGGUUCUGUCUUUUCUUUUCCGAUGCGUGCGAUCAGUUGUAGUUGUAAUCCCAUUGGAAACAUUUGA